AUGACAGCGAACGGCGGCGAUGAUGAACUAGACGCACUGGUCGACUCCAUUCUGCAGUCCCGCCACCGCCCCACUAACACUCGCCGAAUGUCCCAGCGUCUACCAUCACCAAAGCAACAGCGGCCGUCCAACCCGGGGCCCACCCCCUCGCAGUCGGGUGGCUUGAGCGUCAACAAGACCGCCUUGACGCGGCAAAGGGGACAUACCAGCAGCGAUGGCCACAACACCUACGUGAGAACCCCCAUGCACGCCGUGAGCCCUGGCGGCAGCUGUAGAAAUGUAGGCAACUUUGCGCCAACCGUACCGCCCACGCACCACGCGUCGACGUCCACGAGCAGAGCGAUGUCAACGCACCUGGAUGCCGGUGAUGGAGAGGAUGGAGAAGAGGAAGACCUGAACGCCCUGGUCGAGCGCAUCCUUGCUGGAUCUGGUCCCUGUGGGCCUCACUCUACCUCAGAGUCGUCGAGGCACGCCCAGGAGCGGCAGAACGCGCCGCCUUCAGCAGCCGUAUUCACCUCGUCCCCGCACUUCUCCCAGGUCUCGCCACUGCACAUCGGGAGCUCCGAGGCCAGCAGCAGAAAGCAGUUAGGGGGCGCCACUCGGGUGCAGGGGGGAAGCCAUAGCCAGCCUCGCAUGUUCGGCACCGACUCCGUCUCACGGGGGGCCCGCAUGCAGGCAGUUGUCCGCCGGCUCGCCCUCUGGUACGAGCGCAAGGAAGCGAAGCGUGUGCAGGCUGUGUACGAGGCUCUCGAGCGGGAGCAACAGGACUGCACCUUCGAGCCGAGUAUCAACCACUUGGAAGUGGAGGUGGGGAGCAGUGUAGCUAUCGACGAGGAGGGUCACUCACUAGGCCAGCACUACUGCGACCCAGAUGAGGAGCCGCAUUACCUCUCUCUCUUGUCGAAAGCUCGUGGCGUGUCCAGCAACCGCGCAGUCUCGCACACGAACACGAUCAGCAUGCCCUUGUCGUCUUCUCGAGACACGUCGCACAUGUGCGAGUACAUUCCGUCACUGCAGCCACCGUCGCAGCCCAUCGCUGGUGCCGACGUCUUUGUGGAGCGCCUGCGGCGUGCGCAGGAUGAGCGGGACGCGGCGCGAGAGGCCGAGGAGGCAAAGAGGCUUCAUUACUACGACCCAACAACCUUCCGGCGCGGCAUCACUGUGUCAGCGCCGUUCGAAUUCGCCGACACGCGUCCGAGGCGGCUGGGGACGGUGACGGCUGCGGUGACCAGUGCGCCGUCACGUGGUCUCAGUGGCGCUGUGGGCGAUGCACGUUCAAAUCCGCCUCCACUCAGCGCGCGCGCAGCUGCAUUCGCCACAUACAAAGAUGCAGGGGCGACACCGCCGCCAACGGCGGAAAAAAGCUUCCACAAUGUGGAUGCAAGUAAGCACACCACGGCCGAGAACACGUUCCUCUCACUCGCCCCACACAUACGUCAGACGCUGUUGUUUGGCCGACAGAUGGAAUUGCAGCUGCGUCGUGCGACGGAUCGAGUUCGUCGCAGGACAGGCGUCGAGUAA